ACGGAUGCGCCGUUGUGCGCAUGCGCAAACUCUCCCAGCAGCUCGCUUUGCAUACGUACACCCUUCAGCAGCCUUCGUGCCUGGCUCUCUUUGUUAGUUGCAUUGGCUCGCAUGACUCUUGCUCCGUGUUUUCAAACUCCGGAGUUCUUCAGUUCUGUUCAGACUUCCUUGUACAAGGUGACAUCGUCGUUUCGGUCUCUUGUUGCCUAGUUGUGGUGUCCAGUCCCUGGGCGGGCUGGAAUUCUGAGUGCUGUAUCCGCGGAGUGGUUUACUCAAAUUUUCUCAAAUUUUCCCACGCUGAGGCAAGAGAUGUCGCGCAGGUCCGCCAGGUCAUCUUCUAGCCCCUACGCUAGAGCAACAUCCUCCCCUGCUCCUGGAACCACCCAGGCCAGAGCCCCGGCCCAGAACCUCGCGCCGCCUCGUGCUCCUCGUGCUUCGGCUCUACCUGGCCAAGUGCCUCCGUCUCAGUCAAUGCCGGCCGGCCACCCACCCCAGCCCACGCUGGCGAGCCAGAUCUCCGCCGCCGUGGCUGUUGCUAUUCAGCCUCUGGCCGACAAGGUUACCCUGCUGGAGCAGGCUGGCGCAGCCCAACUCGCCGGCCCAGGAACUGGCGUAAACUCGGGACUCGCUCAUGUUCCGACGUUCAGCGGGGCCUCGCUUUGUGCUGCCGGAUCAAUCGCCACUUCAGCGCCGGUUUUACCAGUAUCAGUACCGGCUGCCAGCCACCCGACACAACAGUGGCCGUCAUCUGGAGACCUCCCCGUGGUGCCGCCUCGCCUUCGAGACCGGAUUGUGCGAGGUGAGUUCACAGAAUUAAGCGAUUUGCUGCCUGAAUCCCUGGGCUUCGAGGGGGAUCAUGAUGUGAUGCAACUCGACGUGGGCGCGGGCCGAUCUGUGCAGCUCGUCCCCAAAUCUUCCCACCGGCAACCCGCCAAACGACACAUCUAUGAUCUUGCCACAUGGGUGGAAGCGUUCACCACAUACUCGAGGGUGCUGGCCGACGCCUCACCACAGCUGGCAGGUGAUCUCUGGGCGUAUCAGGCCAUCAUUGUCGAUGCCAACGUCCGGUUCCACAAUGAUGCCUGGCUGUCCUACGACCGCAAAUUCCGUAUGGCCACGGCGUCCCUCCCUCACCGCUAUUCCUGGUCCGUCAUUGACCCAAACCUGUGGCAGUCUUGUCUCACGGGCCGUGGGCGGCCUCCGUGCCAGCGUUGCUCCAUGGUCCAUCCAAGUCAGCCCAGCAGCUGCCCCUUUCGUGGGGGGCUCCCAGCCCCAACAGCGCCUACGGGGAGCCAGUUCUCGCACCAGCCUGGCUUUGACGGCAAAGCCAUCUGUCGUAAUUUCAACUUCGGCAGCUGCUUGCUCUCCCCCUGCUCCAGAGCACACGUCUGCAUCCAGUGCCGCGACCGUCACCCCGCACGCCAAUGCUCCAAGUCUGGUGACUCGACCAAGAAGUAACUCUCACCCCAGUGGUGACGCUGCUUUACAGGUGCCCACUAGCACGCCUGUUCAUGUUCAGCGCUUUAUCAAUCUUCCCUCUCCUCAUCCAAAUGCAGUAUUUCGCUCUUAUGGUUCACAAGGCAUGCAGUAUGGCUUUCGUAUUGGCAGCUUUCGCCCCAUUGCAUCUUCUGUUAUGUCUCCUAAUCACUCUUCGGCUUGUGCUUGCCCUGCUGAGGUUACUACUCAUCUGCUUAACUGUUGUGACCGCGGAGAAACUGCGGGCCCAUUUGCAUCUCCGCCAUUCCCUCACAUGCAUAUUUCUGGUUUGGGUGCUAUCCCGAAGUCUGAUGGCAAACUGCGUAUCAUCCACGACCUCUCGCCCCCUGCCGGCUCGAGUGUGAAUGACGGUAUAUCUCGGGAUGAAUUCAGCCUGCAGUACGAAACUGUCGAUACAGCUAUCUCUCUGAUCAUGCAGGCAGGGUGUGUCGCUCUUUUGACGAAGGUCGACAGGAAUGCAUUCCGUCUCUGUCCUGUUGCCCCCUGUGACUGGCCUUUUCUGGGCAUCUUCUGGCAGGGACAAUUCUAUCAUGACAAAGUGCUACCAUUUGGAUUGCGUUCUGCACCAUACAUAUUCGAUAAAUUCGCCACAGCAGUCCAGUUUAUUCUCGAGGAUGCAUGCCACCUAAGCCAAUUACUCCCCUACCUGGACGACUUUCUGAACGUUAGUCCGCCCCACCUGCCCGUUGCGGAACAUCAUCGCUCACAUAUCUUAGACAUGCUCCGCUAUUUGCAGAUACCGGUGGCCUCUGAGAAAGUCGAAGGCCCAUCCACAUGUCUCACCUUCCUCGGCCUGGAGCUGGAUUCGCUGACGUUUGAGAUCCGGUUACCGUCCGCCAAACAUGGGGCGUAUCUCGGCAAAGUCAACGGCCUCCUUCAAUCAGGCAUGGCGUCCCGGCGCGAACUCGCCUCCGUGUUGGGCAAUCUCUCGUUCGCGGCCCGGGCUAUUCCUGUCGGUCGUACCUUCCUGAGGCGCCUGUACGACCUUGACCGUGCAACAAGCAACCUUCCAAAGCACAAGGUUCUCUCUGGCAAUAGCACCGUCAUCCAGGAGGACAUACUCAGCUUCAGAGCGGCGGUACCUGGAUUUCUGUCAGCAGCAUGGCGUUGUGGCCCUGCCUGGAAGCGACGUUCCACUGUGCUACUACGCAGCCCUCCUCAUGCGCACACUGCGGCCGGCCUCGGUUCGCACAUAUAUGUCAGCCAUCUGGAACUUACACGUCGAAAUGGGCCUCGAGUACCCGAAUCAGCCGACGUCCCUGCUGUCACGAGUGUUAAGAGGCAUAGCCCGUUCGUCGGGACCUGGCCGCCCUCGUUUGCCUAUCACAACACCCAUCCUCCGGCAACUCUGCCAACGCCUCCAAGUUUCCUCCAUGCGGCACUCAGUUGACCAGGCAAUGCUGCAGUGCGACUUCACCCUGGCCUUUUAUGGCUUCCUGCGCUGUGGUGUGAGCUCACCUCGUUGACGUUUGGCAACGUGGCCCUGGACCAACAAUCAUUUCGUAUCACCAUCACGCUGCUGCAAUCAAAGACGGACCCGGACGGUAGGGGCACGGUAGUCCACGUGGGCGGCUGUACCGAUGUCAUCAGCUGCCCUGUUACGGCGAUGGUGCGGUACCUGACGGCAGUGUCGGCAGAGUCCCAAUCUCCUAGAGAUCAGCUGCUCGUCUACCACAAUGGCCAGCCUCUGACACGAGCGGACGUCACGAGGGAGUUGCGGACCCUCCUACCGCUUUGUGGGAUUACAGAUCCGUCCAGCUAUGCCAGCCACUCAUUCCGGAUCGGAGCAGCCACGUCUGCAGCUAUCGCAGGCGUACCAGAGCACGUGAUCCGCCAUAUGGGGCGAUGGCGCAGCGACGCCGUGCUGCGCUAUAUCCGUGUUGAGCCAUCCGAGGUGCGGCUAGUAUCAGAGAAGCUAGCCACAGUGAGUGACUGACCAGUAGCGCUGCACCUUGACGAAUGUCUCCUCCGGUAUACAUACCAACUCUCAGUACCGCUAUCGGUACCUAGAUUUCUUGACUGCUAGCAGCUCCUGCUAUACUCCUCGUUCAAUGCUCGCGUUAUUUCUGAGCACUGACUUAUUUGGUUGGCCCACCAGGGUAACUAGCUUGGGCACUGAACUCUCAGUAGCUGGCAGCAUUCUCUCUACUCUCCCGAAUCACUCUAUUCGGUUACUGCCCUUGGCAGGUCAGCCGCCAUUUCGGUCUCACUCUCGGUCCCCGCCUCUGUCGGGUCGGCCGCCUCCAUGGUUACACACUGCCAGCUCCUUCGCCCAGUUACCCUGUGGUGCCAACCAACUACUGCUGUGUCUGUGUGUGGGUCGUGUAUGCCUCCGCGUACGGAGCAUGCGUUAAUGCAAGUUUUGCGUAGCUAAAGUAUGUUAACGCGGUGACGUAAUGUUUUCACUGUAUGCUGAUGUCUAUCACGCGCGUGUUCGCGCCAGCUCACGGAUGCGCCGUUGUGCGCAUGCGCAAACUCUCCCAGCAGCUCGCUUUGCAUACGUACACCCUUCAGCAGCCUUCGUGCCUGGCUCUCUUUGUUAGUUGCAUUGGCUCGCAUGACUCUUGCUCCGUGUUUUCACCCACCCACCCACACCGACUUCAUUGUGUUACAAUUCUCAUUCUGUAGCACCCCGCUUAUACUACUAACCUCAUUCGUCUUCCAAACUCACUCUGCUAAACAAAAACAAGCAGGGAUUGGGCACUGAACUCUCAGUAGCUGGCAGCAUUCUCUCUACUCUCCCGAAUCACUCUAUUCGGUUACUGCCCUUGGCAGGUCAGCCGCCAUUUCGGUCUCACUCCGAAUCACUCUAUUCGGUUACUGCCCUUGGCAGGUCAGCCGCCAUUUCGGUCUCACUCUCGGUCCCCGCCUCUGUCGGGUCGGCCGCCUCCAUGGUUACACACUGCCAGCUCCUUCGCCCAGUUACCCUGUGGUGCCAACCAACUACUGCUGUGUCUGUGUGUGGGUCGUGUAUGCCUCCGCGUACGGAGCAUGC